UCCCGGCUUCACCCGCCCGCGCGUCAUUGGGGUAAAGUUCCCGCGGCGGCAUGCGCUAAAUCGGCUACAUGAUUAGGCCCGUCAUAUUACCGAAGAGUCACAUAUCUCGAGGCCAAGACGCAUGCAGAGAAGAUUUGAGUAUUGUGACUGAUUAUCUGGGCACAUGUUAAACGGCAGCUUCAAUGGAAAAGCACGAAGAAAUCGAAAUGCGGACUGCGGCGACACCAUCCAGCCGCUCGUCAAUGGAAGCCAACAAAGCAACGAUAUCAGAAGAGCGCAUUACAGAAGCAACGAAUAUGGAUUCCAUCAACACUGGGCCGCCAGUUCUCGAAUCGUUAAAAGCUAGUGAGCAUCUCGAAGCUGAGAUAUCAGACACACAAGAGGGGACCAAGAGUACAGUGAAGAAGAAGUUACCCAAGCGCGCAAAGGCCCUUGAAGUCUUAAAGUGGUUCGUCAAAGACCAAUGGUUCCUCCUCGCCAUGGGCGCCGUCGUCCUCAUAUCCUCUCAAGUCCAAGUCCCAGCCUCCCAGCAGCGCACAAAACGAACUGUCAUCACAUACCUCGCCGUAUCCGUCAUCUUCUUCAUCAACGGCUGUACACUGGACACCCGGGUCAUGCUCGCCAACUACAUGCGCUGGAAACUACACAUCUUCGUACAACUCCAAUGCUACCUCGUCUGUUCCGCAGCCACCUUCGCCAUCGUCAGCCUAUGUGCCACGAACCCCAAUUUCAUGGACCCAUGGCUCCUCAUCGGCUUCCUCUUCGUCGGCAGCGCACCAACAACAAUGUCCAGCAACGUCGUCAUGACACGUCAAGCCCACGGCAACGCAGCCCUCACAGUCGUCCAAUCCGUAAUCGGCCAGUUUCUCUGUCCCUUCCUCACACCCAUCAUCCUGCAAAUGUACCUGUCCACCGGCUCCUGGUAUAGCAAAGUCCUCCAGCGCGGCUCAGGCUACGCCGGCAUCUACCAACGUGUAUUCAUGCAACUCGGACUCUCGCUCUUCCUCCCCAUGCUCGUUGGACAAAUCGUCCAACGCCUCUUCCCCAAGGCAACGAAAAAGGUCUUCUUUGAGUGGAAGUUGCUAAAGCUAUCCUCCAUCGCCCUGCUCACCAUGGUAUGGCAAACCUUCGACCAAGCCUUCUCCUCAGGCGCUUUCUCAGCCGUCAAACCCUCCAACAUCAUCUUCAUCGUCUUCAUCACAAUCGCUUUGUAUUUCAUCUGGCUGGCUAUCUGCUUCACGGCUGCGACCAUGUGGCUGCCGAAGAAAGAUGUGAUUGCUUGUUGCUAUUGCUGUCCUGCAAAGGCGCUUGCGAUGGUCGUGCCACUUACGAGCGUUAUGUAUAUCAACAUUGAUCCUGUGGAUCAGAGUAAGAUGCAGAUUCCGGCGAUUAUCUUUCAGGCUUUUCAGGUUGCGAUUGGGGGGAUCAUGACGAUUGGGUUUCGCAAGUGGAUUAGACCGGAAGAGGAGAGGGAAGAGGCAGAAAAGGGUGGGGUGGGUGGAGAGACGAGAUAGGGUUGGGAAGGCAGCAUGUUAUAUUUGCGAAUUUCCUCAUCUGUGAGACUAUCUCGUCAUCUGGGUUGUUGAUGUUGUGGAGAUUGUGAGUGGCUCGUUCUCGGAGCUGCGUGUCAGCUUC